AUGGAUAGUGAAGAGAGCUUUUUGGUGUUAGUGCACUCUUCUGGAAAAAUAAAAAAGAAUAAGAAGCAUGGUGUGAAGUUUACAGAUAGAGAAUCACUGAGUGUUUUCAUCAGGUCGUCUGAUACACUGUUGGAUCUGAAGACCAGUAUAUUGCAGAAGUUGGGCGCCGGUGGCACAAAGUGGGUGAAGAAGCUGUUCUACAAGAUUCCUAUUGCGGUUGUGUCAACCGGCAUGCAAUAUGAAAUAUUCGUGUUACGAUCAGAUGAAGAUAUGCAGGUGUUGUUUCAUUGUCGUCGGAGUUUUCCGGAAGUGAGGAUACACGAGUUGUUUGUGAAGUUGGAACAUGGGAUCGAUAGUUCUGGGGCAUCCGCGCCAAACCCUCAGUCCACCACGAUGGGGGGUGCCUUUACCUCGAUGCUCGUCGUUGCACCUGAGUGUUUGUUGGAGUAUCGGCCAGCUGGUCCAGUUGGGGUAUUCACCUCAGCUCAUCCAUCUCCAGAUGUAGGACGUGAGGGGGAACCGGAUCGGGUUGAAAAUGCGAUGCUAGAGGAUGAUUCCGACGAAGAGCCUGCUGACAUUGGAAGGGACAACGAUGAUGAAAUUCCGAUAAACCCAGUAACAUGUCAACCACCGUCAAGUGUCGGCACACAUGAGCAACCUGCACAUUAUUCUACCCUGGACCUGGAAGCCAUCGGCCAACCGCCGGAGUCAGAUCCAACCUUUGGGGGUCAAGGGUUGCACGAGAGAAAUUCUGUAGUUGAAUUUCAAGUUGGCCAAUCUUUCCACAGUAAGGAGGAAGCUGUUCUUACUAUAAAGGAUUACAGCAUUUGGCGCGGUGUUAAGUACAGAGUGAUGGAGUCGGAUCAUCUUAAGUACCAUGGGAGAUGCAAGGAGUUCGGGAAGGGUUGCACGUGGAUGAUUUGCAUAAGCCUUCGAGCGCGGAAGGGAACCUUGGAGGUGUUACAAGAAGCUACCGAGGGAACGUACGGGUUCAGGCCAACUUAUAGGAAGACGUGGUUGACAAAACAGAAGGCGGUAGCACAGAUAUACGGGGACUGGAAAGAGUCCUAUGCUGAGCUACCUCGUUGGAUCAUUGGUGUGCAGUCUACCAUGGAGGGGACGGUUGCCUUGUUGAAGACGUCUCUGGUUCGAGUCAGUGAUGACGUUGACGACUCAACCGUGUACUUUCAUCGUCUUUUCUGA